UUCACCCCCUCGACUUCUCCGGGAAGCCACAACGUUUUGCAUGGGAGCAAACAAGCCUGAGCAAUGAGCCGCUAUUCGCCCUCAUCACGGGCGGGUUCCUGGCGUGGCGCGGGUUGGCGGCCAGGCACUCUGUUUCUGGGUCGCGCCCAUUUAAGUACUCGCAUCCCCAGGGCCCUCCACGAUCCCCCUUCUCACCACACCAAGCUGGGCUUUUGAAUACGCUCGUUUUUGCUGUACAACUUCACUCCUUUAGUUUUACAGCAUUCUCUCCUUCGUUACCGUCAUUCUUACCAGCCCAUAGCUACUAUCCUUCCCUUUUGCCUCGAAACCAUCAGCCCUCAACCGAUAUGCAGCUCAUCACUAUUCUCUCCGCUGCGGCGCUCGUCGCGACUGCUCGUGCCUCGACCUCGUUCAACCUGAACGACUCUUGCAUUGACACCGAGCCAUUGGCUAGGGUGCACAACCGAUGCUCCUAUCCCGUACACAUCUGGUCAGUCCUCAAGGGGCAGGGCUGCCCAUCCGGCGAGGGCGCCGUCCUUGAGCCCGGCCAAUUCUACCAGGAGAACUACAGGCCCGCAGUCAAUCAAGCCGGCACUUCUAUCAAGAUCUCCAAGACAUCGCAAUGCAGUGGUGUCGACAUCACUCAAUUGGAGUACUACAUUGAGACCUCAAACCCCGGCUAUAACUACAACUAUCUCGACGUCUCGUAUGUUGACUGUGGUGGCGAGAAAUGCCCAACCCGCCAGGAGGGGUUCUAUCUGAAGAGUGGCAAUGUCGAUGGGAAGUUUCUGGCGACAGGAAAUAAUGAGAUCUGCCCCAUUCUUAGCUGCGACAGCCCCAGCUCUUGCGCCAAGGUCGCCUACAUCCACCCGGAUGACCGCCAAACCAAGUCCUGCGACCCUCAGGCUAACCUCGACUUUUACAUGUGUGGUGGCGAGGCACCAGGCUCUGAGUCCAGCCAAGCUCCAAGCAGCCAGUACGAGGCACCCGGGCCAUCUUCCACUCAGACACCGGCCUUCACUUCUGCUGAAGUCAAUGCUGCUGCUAUCACGGAAUCACCUAAGCAGGAGGAGCACACGCUCAACAUCAAGACUGAAACUGUCUACGUGACCGAAUACGCCAAGGUUAAGAGACACGCCCAUGGCCAUCGUCACCAACAAUUCCGUGCAUAAAUCAGCGCCAUUACACCUUUAUUCAUAUUCAACAGGAUAAUGUUUUGGCUUAUUCGGUGUUCGGGACACGGUAUUAUGCGGAAUACCAAGUCAAGUUCAAGAUCGCUACUUCGCGC